AUGUAGAGCUGAGGUGGGCUGAGGUUUCAUACAGACUGGAAGAGAUUGUCGGGGUGUUUGAGGAUGUUUUUACUCGUUCUGUUAUCAGCUCUGCUCCUGUGUGGAUGCGCACAGUAUUCCAGCGACCAGUGCAACUGGAGAGGAAGCGGGCUCACACACGAGGCUCACUCUCGGGACGUGGAGCAGGUGUACCUGCGCUGCGCCGAAGGCUCUCUGGAGUGGCUCUAUCCCACAGGAGCCGUGAUCGUGAACCUGAGGCCCAACCUGCUGCCGGCGGAGGCUGCCCUGAGCGCCUGCGUCAAGCCGCGGCCGGACUCUCGCGGGGCCAGGCUGUACGUGGAGCGGGCCGGAGCGCUGCGGCUGCUGCUGACCGAGCAGGACCUGGCGGCCGGACGCGUGCGCUGCUUCGCUCUGCGGGAGGGGGCGCUGUUCAUGGAGGCGUCCGCCCGCCGGGACAUCGGCCGGAGAAUCACCGCCUUCCAGUACCAGCUCAUCUCCACACACACAGCCGCAUGCAGACCCUGCGCUGACGACGAGCUGCUGAUGGCCAUCUGCACCAGCGACUUCGCGGCGCGCGGCAGCAUUCAUCGUGUGGAGGAGGAGGAGGAGGAGGAGGAUGAAGAGCAGGCGUCGGCGGUGCUGUCGCUGAGUCACGUGUACCGGCAGAAGAGCCGCGUGUUCGUGUCCGGCGGGGGCCGCGGGCGGUGGACGGGGCGGGUGAAGGUCCCCCGGCGCUGCGGGCCCCGAGCGGGACAGGGGGACUUCCUCUUCACGGGGGCCGUGAGGUUCGGCGAGGCCUGGCUGGGAUGCGCUCCUCUUUAUAAAGACUUCAUCAGGGUGUACCGCACGGCUCUGGACGAGGGAACCAACCCCUGCCGCGUGGACACGGACUGAGAGACCACACGCUUCAUCCCCAAAUCACAAGACAUGACACGUUUCAUCGAGGAUACUUCAAAGAAAUGCUAAUGAUUUCAUAACCGGGUUCGAUUAAGUACAUCGCCCCUCCAAAAUUCUCAUUACGGCAUUUUCUAAAUUCUCAUUAUCAUUAUUUAUAAUUCAGAGUUUCUGUAGAUUUAUUACUGGAAAAUGUUUUUACUAUUAAUCAGCGUAAAUUAUAUUUCAAUUCAGUACUGUAAAUGCUGCCGUUAUGUAUACAAAUGUAAUUAUUUCAAUGUUUAAUUUACAUAAACAUUAGUGAAAUAAUAAUAAUUAUUAUUAUUAUAAAUAUUUUUGUUAUUUUUAUAAAUAUAUUCAUGUUGAUUUAAAUUAAAUUA